ACACUUACUUCGAAAGGGAGGUAACUGCAGUUGAGAGAGAACAACGGUGAGAUCGGCCGUGCGGAUGUCCGGAUCGUCCAGUUGAGGAGUUGGUCGCUCUCUGAGAGGAUAUAAACUCACAGUGUAUGAUUUGAUUCACAGACAUUCACGAAACGGAGGUCAUGUUCCAGUGCCACGACGACCUUUUUCACAAUGACACCAACUACACGCAUGAUGACGUCAGAACAGCUCUCGUGCAUCUCGAGCAGGAAGAACUCCUCUACAAAGUUCCAACCUUCAUUUAUCUGUCAUUUCUGCUUCUCAUCGGCAUCCCUGGCAACUGCAUCGUGUGCGUGGUCUACCACCUCAAGUUGCCCCGGAGUACCCCAAGACGAUUCAUUGUAGCCCUGGCGCUGUUUGAUCUACUCAACUGUCUCGUAGGAAUCCCUUUCGAAGUAGCUGAUCUCAUCACGGACUACUUUUUGAAUAUCCCUACGCUCUGCAGAUUAGUACGGAUGAGUAACACGUUCAGCUCUAGUGGGUCUAUAUUGAUUCUGCUGAUAAUCAGCGUUGAUCGUUACAGAAAGAUAUGUAGACCUUUUCGUAAGCAGAUAUUGGUAAGUGAUUCCAAAAGGUGGGUCUACGUGAUCACUGGACUGGCUGGCCUUAUAUCGAUACCGGCUGUGGUAUUCUACGGCCACCACAGCCUUGACAUCCGUGGCCUUAAGACUUUCGACUGUUCGUUUGAUGAUUCCUUCAGUGACUACAUGUUUCCAAAGCUCUACCAAAUAGGUCUGGCACUCUUUUGUGUGAUGACAAUCAUCGUUCUCAUUGUGUUAUACACAUUCAUUGUGCUGAAGAUUGUCAAACAGAAAAAACGUCGAGCGACGUUGACGUCAGGGGCUCGACAAGCAGCAGCAGCACGUGCAGUGAACGCUUCAAACCGCGGGACAGACACCCCUAACAGCGACACUCUCCCAUCUCACACAGACUCACUGCCAGAGAUGUCGGACGCUGAUAAAUCCUCCUCCAUAAAAGACACGAAAAAGAAAAGCAACAAGUUCAUCCGGAGUUCCAGGAUGACGCUAAUGAUGCUGGCUGUUACCGUCGUCUUCAUCAUCGGUUACAUGCCCCACUUCGGGCUCCAGAUCACGCGCCAGAUCCUGCCCGACUUCACGGACGCGCUCCACUGUAACCACGUGGGACUUGUAUUUUAUGCCUUCUUUCUGAGGUCCUAUUUUCUCAACAGUGCUGUUAACCCAAUAAUCUAUAGCUUCUACAACAAGCGCUUCCGACAGGAGUGUGUGACACUGCUGAGGAGACUGGUGUGUGUAAAGAGCGAAACAGAGACCAUCAAUACAGUGACAGACAGCGACAGCUAGUUCCCUAACGCGCUGACACACAUACACUGGGAGCACGGGGAACAUGGAGACACACGCACACGCACGCACGCACGCACGCACGCACGCACGCACGCACGCACGAACGCACGCACGCACGCACGCACGCACGCACGCACGCACACACACACACACACACACACACACACACACACACCUGUUGGAUACUCUAUGAAAUGGAUAAGACAGACUGUGUUUCGAGAAUGAUAAAUUGGAGCAAAUGAGGGUACCCGCCAAUGAUGUUUUAAAGCAAUAUUUGGGGGAAAAUCUUGGUAACUUUGAAAUACAAGUACUUUUUCCGGUGACAGCGGCCUUUCACGAGCACAUGACUAACGGCGUGAUGAGCUCGAUACUGCAGGAUGUGACUGGACAGUGACGAAUUACCAAGUAAGACAAUCCAGCGUAGGCAUGUGUUUCAACACAACAUAAUGUGUAGUCAUUGUGAUUGAUGGACAAUCUCACCACCUCGAUUCCUGAUACAUUCUGCCUACCCCGAGAUGUUCGUCCAGUGCGUUUGUUAAUAUUAUGUUUGGUUUGUCACAUAAAGAGCGAUGAAAAUGU